AUGGACACAAGGUGGGUAAUCUGCUUUCGGCAGUUAUCACUUUUUUUAGGAUCCAAAAAAUCAAGGAUGCCAUUGAUAACUAUCCUGAUUUUCCGAAGAAGGGAAUCCAGUUCAAGUAAACUGCAUUUGCUUUGUCCCGAAAUCGAGUUUAGAGACAUUUUCGGCAUUUUUAGGAACCCCGCGCUGAUUAAUGACUCCGUAGAGUUGCUCGCUGAUAUGGUUGCCAAACAUUACGCGAAGGAUAAGGUUAAUUCCCAACAGUUCUUUGUGAUCAAUAAAUUAGCCCGUGGAUGCUGUCGUUGGUCUGGAGGCUCGGGGAUUCCUCCUUGGACCCAUGCUGGCCGCCAAACUAAAUUGUGCCUUCGUCCCUGUCAGAAAGGCCAACAAACUUCCCGGCGAAUGCUACUCCGAGGACUACGAACUCGAAUACGGAACGGUCAGUUCAUGUGCUGGAACAAGUGUUACCUUGUGUUUACACAUUACAUAUAUUGUGGACUUUCAAAGUAAACGCUGGAGCCAACGUGUGCCAAGUGUCUCCUAUGUAUGGUUGUUGAAUUACGAAUGUAUAAUUCUGUUAACCUUGUCUGACCACAGUUUGGCCCUGCGCACAGUUUUUCUCCUUGUCCUCUUCGCAUUUCUCAUGAUAUUAUAACGGCAUUAAUUUAAUCUCCCUUGUCAAAUUAGGUCUAUGGAGGAGGUGGGGUAACUCGACAAUGA